UCCUCCACGCCUCUCUCUCUCCCUCUCUCUCAAAGGCAUGGAGCAAGCAAGAGGACACUAGACGCAGACAGAGACACUGGACCUUGUCCUCGCAUGGAAUUGAACCUUGGUAUCAGCAUUCUCAGCAGGAUCCAUCCCCUCUCUGUCAACACGAUCCGGCCGUACAUGUAUGUGUAUCGUCUUCUUGCUUGACGGCGAUUUGGCGCAGGUUCAGGGGCAUAUGCGGCCGUGACCUCCUCCUAGAGGGAUCGAGCCAUCGAGGUGGUGGUGCUGAUAACUGAUAAGAGCAGCGCUCGGCAGACAGACUAGUGGUCGGUAGUGCGGCCACCACUCCGGCCGAGACAAAGCGCGUGUGUGUGUGUGCGUCCAACAACGCUUUCCCCCCGGCUCACAGUCACACCAUAGUGGUGAAUCCAUCCCUUGCAGGGGGGAGAAGCAGAGCUCCGUUUCCUCUGCUCCGGCGGUUUGGGGUUGGCGUUGCGCGCAUCGCAUGCAGCAGAUGGCCACCACCGUCACGCUGCUGCUCGGGGCGGCCUCGUCCCCCGGCCUCGGUGAUGGCACCGGCCGGGACGGCUUCCAGUGCUCCCGCCUGCUGCCCAGGAGGAGGCAGACGCGGCCAAGGUGGGUGCUCUGCUCGCUCAAGUACGGCUGCCUCGGCGUUGGCGAGCCGGGGGAACCGGGCGGCCGGAGCGCGGCCUCGCCGGUCUACUCCAGCCUGACAGUCAGCCCGGCCGGCGACGCGGCCGUCGCCGUCGUCUCCUCGGAGCAGAAGGUGUACGACGUGGUGGUGAAGCAGGCGGCAUUGCUCAAGCGCCAGCUCCGGCCACAGCAGCAGGCGCCGCCGGCCGUCGCAAGGGAGCUGGACGCGCCGCGCGGCGGGCUCGGAGAGGCCUACGCCCGCUGCGGCGAGAUCUGCGAGGAGUACGCCAAGACCUUCUACCUCGGGACCUUGCUGAUGACGGAGGAGCGCCGGCGCGCCAUAUGGGCCAUCUACGUGUGGUGCAGGAGGACAGACGAGCUGGUCGACGGGCCGAACGCGUCGCACAUCACGCCGCAGGCGUUGGACCGGUGGGAGAGGAGGCUGGAGGACCUCUUCGCCGGGCGCCCCUACGACAUGCUCGACGCCGCGCUCUCCGACACCAUCACCAAGUUCCCCAUAGAUAUUCAGCCCUUCAAGGACAUGAUUGACGGGAUGCGGACCGACCUCAAGAAGGCGAGGUACAAGAACUUCGACGAGCUCUACAUGUACUGCUACUAUGUUGCGGGCACCGUGGGGCUGAUGAGCGUUCCGGUGAUGGGCAUUGCACCUGAGUCCAAGGCGACGGCUGAGAGCGUCUAUGGCGCCGCUCUGGCUCUCGGGCUCGCGAACCAGCUCACCAACAUACUCAGGGAUGUCGGAGAAGAUGCAAGAAGAGGAAGGAUAUAUUUGCCGCAGGACGAGCUCGCGGAGGCAGGGCUCUCCGAUGAAGACAUCUUCAAAGGAGUCGUCACCGAAAAGUGGAGAAAAUUCAUGAAGAGGCAGAUCAAGAGAGCGAGGAUGUUUUUCACGGAGGCGGAGCAAGGGGUGACCGAGCUCAGGAAGGAGAGCCGGUGGCCGGUUUGGGCAUCUAUGUUAUUGUACCGGCAGAUCCUCGAUGAGAUCGAGGCGAACGACUACAACAACUUCACAAAGAGGGCCUAUGUUGGGAAGGCGAAGAAGGUGCUAGCGCUCCCUGUCGCGUACGGGAAAUCGCUCCUCUUACCGUAUUCACUGAGAAAUAACCAGACCUAAAAGAAACAACAAAGCAAGAUGAAGAUGGUCAGGUUAGGGUAGAUAGAAACAAACAGAGCGGUGUCACGGCAUCUGCCUUCGAGCUCUUCAUCCAGUUAGUUGGACAAACAAUGUCCGUGAAUCGGUACAUUCAUCGGCGAUCAAUGAUGAAUGCAUGACAUGAAGGGCUGGGGAAGGAAGGGAGAAGAACAAUGGAGGCAACCUCGAUGGAGACCGAAUGUUUGCAACUUUGCAUGUAUAUUAUUAUUGCUAGAACAUGUGCGUUUGAAGACAUAACAACAUGUAUAUAUAUACCCGAAUUCGGGAAACAAGUAUGUUAUUAUGUAUGUAAGAGCGUAUAUAUUCGACCAA